GCAUCCACCAGACUGGGGUGGGCGGCCGCGGGGACUGGGGCCACGCGGGUGGCCCAGCAGAGCGGCUGCAGUCCGAGCGGCACGGCUUCGCCGCCGCUGGCUACUGCAGCUCGAGCGGGCGGGCGGGUGGCUUAGCGCGAUGGCGGCGGCGGCCUCCCGCAGCGCGGCGAGUGCACGUGUGGCGCUCGUGGCGGUGCUGCUGAUGGCGUGCACGAGUCGCGGCCCGCUCGCGGACCGGCUGGCCGAGCCGGCGGGCGGGGGAGCUCCACCCUCCACCAUGCAGCGGCUCGUUCAAUCUCGCGGCGCCGAGGAGCGGGUGAGGGUUCGCUUCGGCGGCGGCGGCGGCCGCACCUCUGCCGCCGCCACCGCUCUUGCGAGGACGGCGGAAGCGCCGAGCGGCUUGGUGGGGCGCAGCGCCAGCGCGGUGGCGCAGACGUGGCGGGAGGUGCGCGAGCACGCCUCGCCGGCAGAGCGGGAUACGAUGGUGCUCCUCGCAACCGCCGCGCUGGUGACGCCGAUCAUGGGCACCCUCAACCUCUCGCCCGUCCUCGGCUUCCUCUUCGCCGGCAUCCUCCUCGGCCCGACCGGCCUCGGCGUUGUGUCGGAUGUCGCCACCACGACCAAGCUCGCGGAGUUCGGCGUCGUCUUCUUCCUCUUCGAGAUGGGGCUGGAGCUCGAGUUGGAGAGGCUAAAGUCGGUGGGGCGCGACGCCUUUCGGCUCGGGGGCGCACAGUUCGCGCUCACCUCUCUGGUCUUCGGCGCCGUCGCCACCGCGUUCGGCGCCUCGGGGCCGGCGGCCGUCGUCUUGGGCGGCGGCCUCGCGCUCUCCUCCUCGGCCUUCGUGAUCCAGCUGCUGUCGGAGAAGGGGGAGCUCGCCACCCGCUUCGGCCGCGCCUCCUUCGGCAUCUUGCUCUUCCAGGACAUCGCCGACAUCGCCGUCGUCCCCCUCCUCGUCGUCACGCCGCUUCUCGGUGGCUCAUCCGGCGCAGCCCUCGGCGCCGCCCUUCGCGUCGCCGCUAUCAAGAGCGCCUCGGCCCUCGCAAUCAUCUUCCUCACCGGGCGGCUGCUGCUCCAGCGCGUUUUUCAGCUCGUCGCGUCGGCGCGCGACCAGACCGCCUUCUUGCCGCCGUCACCGUCAGCGUUCAUCGUGAUGUCCACAGCCUCCCAGCCCCCCUCCAGCUCAGUCCCCUUCCCGCUGCUUGAUCCAACCCUUGGCCCUCUGAUGUCCGGCGCGUUCCUCGCGGGGGUGCUGCUGGCCGAGUCGAAGUACCGGUACCAGAUCGAGGCGGACAUCGCCCCCUUCCGCGGCCUCCUGCUCGGCCUCGCCUCUUCUUCGUGA